AUGACAAUUUCACAAGAUCAAGAAAGUAAACCUGAUGAGCUCAAUCAGGUCGAGCCAGUUCAUGAUUCAAAGUUAGUGGAUGACUCACACACUGAAGAUGAGGAACAAGAUGAUGAUGAGGAGGAACAAGAAGGCAAUCAAGAGCAAGACAAUGGUGCAAUUCAAUAUCCAGGAACAGUUUUGCCAGAUAAUAAUCAACAAGAAAUUGACGCAGAUGUGAAUUUGAUUGCCGAUUUGGAUCCUGAUACCGAAUACAUUGAUUUAGUACAUUUGAAAAUAUCAUCUUUAGAGGAUUUAGAUUUAGCAAGGUUUAAGAAAUUAGAAUCGUUGUGUUUGAGACAAAAUUUAAUCACAUCUAUGGUCGGUGUAAAAGACAUUUCAAAUACAUUAGAGGAAUUGGAUUUCUAUGAUAAUAGAAUAAAUCAUAUUUCAAGUUCUAUUCAACAUUUAGUCAACCUUACAAAUCUUGAUUUGUCAUUUAAUAAAAUAAAAAAUAUUAAAAAUUUAGAAACAUUGACUAAUUUAACUAAUUUAUAUUUUGUAGCAAACAAAAUCAAAGAAAUCAAGAAUUUGAAUACCUUGACUAAAAUCACAAAUCUUGAGUUAGGUGGAAACAAAAUUGAGAAAAUUGAAAAUCUAGAUAAUUUAAUCAAUAUUACUCAACUUUGGUUAGGUAAAAAUAGGAUCUAUAAAUUAGAAAAUUUAACUCCAUUAGUUAAUCUUAGGGUGUUAUCAAUUCAAUCAAAUAGAAUUACUAAAAUAGAAGGUUUAGAAAAUUGUAAAAAAUUGGAAGAAUUAUAUUUAUCACAUAAUGGGAUCUCCAACAUAGAAAAUUUGAAUGAAAAUGUGAAUUUGCAAGUUUUAGAUCUAACUUCGAAUAAGCUAACCAAAUUAUCAGAUUUAAAACAAUUAACUAAAUUAACUGAUUUUUGGUGUUCAUAUAAUCAAAUAUCUAGUUUUGAAAAUAUUGGUGAACAAUUGGGGAAAUUACCUGAUUUAGAAUGUGUUUAUUUUGAAGGUAACCCUGUUCAAACAGAAAAUCCAAGUGCAUACAGAAGAAAGUUAAAAUUAUAUUUGGGUCCAUCUUUAAAUAAAAUAGAUGCAACUUAUAUUCACUCAUGA